UUAUAAAACUCGAAGUCGUUCUGCAAAUCUGCAAACUUACACUCUUCUCUCUCUGCAAAUGAAAGCCAUGGCGGUAAAGGUUAUGCGUGCGGUUCAGUACAACAGUUACGGUGGAGGACCUUCUGGUUUAAAGCAUGUUGAUAUUCCGGUCCCAACUCCAAAGAAAGAUGAGGUUUUGCUGAAAGUGGAAGCAGCUAGUAUAAAUCCAGUUGAUUGGAAGCUGCAGAAAGGCACGGCGCGGCCUUUUUACCCUCGCAGUUUACCUCAUACACCUGCUUGUGACGUAGCCGGAGAGGUUGUCGAGGUUGGACAAGAAGUUCGUGAUUUCAAAGCCGGCGACAAAGUUGUCGCAGCUCUCACCCUUGCUACCGGAGGUGCAUUUGCCGAGUAUGCAACUGCUAGUGAGCGUUUCACGGCUAUUAGGCCGGCUGAAGUUUCAUCAGCCGAAGCUGCAGGAUUACCUGUUGCUGGUCUCACAGCUCACCAAUGUCUCACAGAAGCUGCAGGAAUCAAGCUGGAUGGCACAGGCCCUCAGAAGAACAUAUUGAUUACGGCUGCCUCUGGUGGUGUGGGAACCUUUGCAGUUCAACUAGCCAAGCUAGGAAACACUCAUGUCACGGCCACUUGUGGAGCUCGUAACAUCGAUUUCGUCAAGGGCUUAGGUGCUGAUGAGGUUCUUGACUACAAGACCCCUGAAGGGGCAGCUCUGAGUAGCCCUUCUGGUAGGAAAUAUGAUGCUGUGAUCCACUGUGCAACAGCCAUUCCUUGGUCUACUUUCAAGGCAAAUUUGAGUCCAAGUGGGAAGGUCAUAGACAUUAGUCCCAGGCUAAGUAACUGGCUCACUAUGGCUGUAAACAAACUCACCUUCUCCAAGAAGCAGCUAGUGCAGCUGAUGGUGAAUCCCACUGCUGAGAAUCUGGACUAUCUUGUUAAGUUGGUGAAGGAAGGAAAGCUCAAGACGGUGAUCGACUCAAAGUAUCCUCUGAGCAAGGCUGAAGAAGCUUGGGCUAAGAGUAUAGAUGGUCAUGCUACUGGGAAGAUCAUUGUGGAGCCUUAA